CCUUUGAGCAGUCGGUCAAUCUAUGUUCCCCAUGUGUGUGUCUAUUCGGAUUUGGCAUUGCACCGCACAAAAUUUACACACAACACACACAAAAUUCACUGUCCAAAAUGCCGCAAAAUCUGUGCCGCUGUGGGCCACAGGUGCUCGGCGCGGCAAAUCGGGCUGUCUACUGCUCUGGGCCGCUGCUGGACGCCGUACAGCGGUCGAACAUGUUCCCCGACUGCAAGACAUUCGUGGACAUGAAGAGCAAAUAUCCGCCGGAGCGGUUGCUGGCCGACUAUGAGCUGUUCCGCAAUUGCCGCAAGAAUGAUGGUUCCUUCCAGUUUCUGCAGAUGUUUGUCGAGAAACACUUUCUGGAGAAGGGCACCGAGCUGGAGGAGUGGACACCGCCCGAUUGGAAGAGUGAGCCGCCGUUUGCCAACAGAAUCGCCGACCCGCAGCUGAGGAAAUUCGGUGUGGAACUCCACGCCCUGUGGAAGGUGCUGGGCCGCCGCAUGAAGGAUGAGGUGAAGGAGAAUCCAGAGAAAUAUUCGAUUGUGUAUGUGCCGAAUCCGGUGAUCGUGCCGGGUGGCCGCUUCAUUGAGUUCUACUACUGGGACUCGCUGUGGAUCAUCCGCGGCCUGCUGCACUGCGGCAUGCACGCGACAGCCCGUGGCAUGAUCGACAACUUCCUGUCGAUAGUGCGGCAAUAUGGAUUCGUGCCGAACGGCGGACGCAUCUACUACUACGGCCGCUCGCAGCCUCCGAUGCUGAUACACAUGAUGAAGGCGUACGUGGACGUGACGCUGGAUGAGAAGUAUGCCAUGCAGUCGCUGCCGCUGCUCGAGGCCGAGUUCGAUAACUUUGUGGAGAAGCAUCAGGUGCAGGUGAAGGGGCGCACCAUGUACCACUACCAGGACUACUCGACGGGACCGCGGCCCGAGUCGUAUCGCGAGGAUGUGGCCAGUGCGGCAGAGUUCCUGAGCGAGCCGGAGAAGGAGCGCCACUACACGCAGCUCAAGUCCGCCUGCGAAUCCGGCAUGGACUUCAGCUCCCGCUGGUUCAUAGCCAGGGACGGGACGAACCGCGGCACACUGAAGGAUAUCCAGACGACGUCCAUAGUGCCCGUUGAUCUGAAUGUUAUCCUCUUUCGCAGCGCCAAGAUCCUCGCGGAAUUCAAUCGCAAGGCUGGCCACAACAGCAAGGUGGAGGAGUACUCGGACAUUGCCUGCGGCCUCGUCAAGGCGGUGCGCGAUGUCCUGUGGAACGAGGAGGCUGGCAUCUGGCUGGACUACGACAUGCUGAACAACCGUCCGCGUCCCUACUUCUCCGCCUCCAACUUCUCGCCGCUGUGGGCUCGCGCCUUCCCCCUGGUCGACACCGAUAAGAUCUCCCGGGGCGUGAUGAACUACAUCAAGGCGCACCAUCUGGACGACUAUCCCGGCGGCGUGCCCAACACAAUGAACAGGGAUACGGGGCAGCAGUGGGACUACCCGAAUGUGUGGCCUCCCAUGAUGUUCAUGAUUAUCGAUGGGCUGCACAAUCUGGGCACACCCGAGGCCAGGGCCAUGUCCGAGCGCUGGGCCCAUCGCUGGGUGAAGAACAACUACGAGGCCUACGCCCAAACGGGCUUCAUGUUCGAGAAGUACAAUUGCGAGAAAUUCGGCUCUGGUGGCGGCGGUGGGGAGUAUCAGAAUCAAACGGGUUUCGGCUGGACCAAUGGCAUCAUUCUCGAAUACCUCUCCCGAUACGGCCCGGAGCUGUCCCUCGAGGACCGCAGUGAUGUGCACUGCAGCAGCAGGGUGGGAAAAGCAGCAACUGGCAGGCUCGGCGACUGCCCCGUGACCAGUGAGAGCAAAAUGAUCACGAAAAAGAAUUACAUCAUCACCAGCGAGAACAAUAUCGCUGGCAGCAACAGUCCGUUUCACACUCCAGAUCGCAGUCCGGGUCACAGUCCGGGCCACAUCCCGGGGCACUGUUCGGGUCCCUGUGCGCAGAAAGUAGUGGACGAGGCAUCCAAUCGUAUGAAGCAGUCUCUCGUGUCGAACAUGGUCGGACAUCCUGUGGUCGCCAGUCCAAAACGAGCCACAACCACCUCCGGACGAUCUACAAUCACGGCUACGGGGAGAUCCACGAUUCCUAAAUCAGGACGAUCCACGAUCACCAGCUAUCCACAGCUGGAGGACGCUUCCACUGGCGAGUACAAUGCUUCAAUGCUUGCACGAGAACAAGCCUCUGCCAUUCCCUACACGCGAGAACAAGCCCCUGCCAUUCCCUACACGCGAGAACAGUCCACAAGUCCGACUCUCGGUCCCGGUCGAUCUCCGAUCGCUUCUGCUCCAGAAUCCAGGCUCCCAACUGCUGUGGAGACAACUGUGUUCCCUGAGCGUUACACACGCGCACAGUCCGCUGCUGAUCCUUACCUUCGAGAACAGUCCGCAGCUGAUCCUUCUGCUCGGGAACAGUCCACUGUGGCUCCUUACCUUCGAGAACAAUCUGCAGCUGAUGCUUAUGCUCGAGAACAGUCCGCUGUUGAUCCUUACAGUGAAGAAAAAUCUGCUGCUGAUCCUUACAGUCGAGAGCAGUCAGCAGCUGAUCCUUAUGGUCGACAACAAUCUGCAGCUGAUCCUUAUGCUCGAGAACAGUCGGCUGUCGAUCCUUACGGUGAAGAAAAAUCUACAGCUGAUCCCUAUAGUCGAGAACAGCCCACUGUCGAACCUUACAGUCGAGAGCAGUCCGCUGUUGCUGCUUACAGUCGUGUACAUUCCGCUGUUGGUCCAGAACAGUACGCUGUUGGUGCUUACAGCCGAGAACAGUCCAGUCCAGCACGAUCCCCGACGCUGACAGUCGAUAACCAUAACAAUCCGCUGCUGAUCCUUACGGUGGAAAACAAUAACAACAAUAAUGUGAUUCUGAAUCAACGGCAAUCAAGGAGCCCGUCAAAUCCUUCUCCUGUUCCUCGCGAGCAAGCCUCUGCUGUUCCCACUCAGGGAAAAUCGUCGAUCGAUCAGUCCAGCUUCGUGGAGUACACUGGCCCAAAUGAUCCUUACAGCCAAGAGCAAUCUGCUGACGAUUUUUACAGCCAAGAACAAUCUGAUGCCGAGCCACUUAGUCGAGAACAAUCCGCUAUUGAUAAUUAUAAUCGUGAACAGUCUGCGGUUGAUCCUUACACUCGGGGACAGACCGCUCUUGAUCCUUAUAAUCGAGAACAGUCCGCUGUUGAUCCAUAUAAUCGAGAACAGUCCGCUGUUGAUCCAUAUAAUCGGGAACAUCCGCUGCAGAUCCUAACAAUCGAGAACAGUCCGCUGUUGAUCCAUACAACCGACAACAGUCCGCUGAUGUUGCCUACAAUCGAGAAAAAUCUUCAGCUGAUCCUUAUAGUCGAGAACAGUCCGCCGUUGAUCCUUAUAAUCGAGAACAGUCCGCAGCAGAUCCCUACAGUCGAGAACAGUCCGUUGUUGAUCCUUCCACGCAAGAACAAGCUACUGCUGAUCCUUCCAAAUCGAAGACACCGUGUCAACGAUGUCUGGGACUACCGACGAAUGGGAGCCAACCACAAUACAGGAUCAUGGCUGCUGUCCCGUUCACUGCUGCUGCUGUGCCUUACAAUGCUCCCAUUCAGCCACAAUCUUAUGCUUCUUACGAUGAUCAACAAUCCGCUGCUGUUCCCUUCAAUGGAGAACAAUCCGCUGCUGAUCCCAGACUGGUACGAACCACUAUGCCUGGUCAACGGGAAACGAGGUUCACGGCCGCUCCCAUGUACGCGCCGAGUGCUAUGCAGCAAGAGGUUUUGCUGUCUCCCUGCGAGUGUUCGUUCACUGCACAGAACUCCAACGAUAUGUCGACUCAUGGGCAGGAUAUGCAAGGCCCACCAACAGCAUCGCUAGCGCCCCAUGGCAGCCGAAGUCAAUCGGGAUACGACCCUCCCGACACUCCAGACCUUCCAGAAGGCUGCUUCGUCUGUCCGCGCUGCGGCGGCCUAAAGCAGCAAGCACCGCCCGUACAGUGUAAGGCGACAAACCAGC